ACACAAAAAGAUGUAAAAACUUGGAGCUACAUGCAAGCAGUAAUGCAACUGUGGAGUCAGGCUGCUCUUCGUCGACUGGGCUUGCCCUCUGCAUUUGUGCCCUUGCACAUGCACCAACGAUGCGCUGUGCCAACUCAUCAGAGGGGACUGUCAAGCCUGGCUGACGUCACCCAUCAAGCCGGUGUAAUCGAAAGAGACGCUAAUCCAAAGCCUACUUGUAGUUUGGGCUGGGAGAGGGAGGACAAUGACAAAAGGAGGGAAGUUUGAAGGGAGCACAUGUUGGCAAAGUUGGAUUUGAGGCUGCACAAGUGAGGCAGGUGCUGUCCAAACUGGAGCGCGCUCAUCCACCAUCCUCAUCUGCUGAGGAUCUUUGAAGGCGUGGAACAAUCCCAUCCAGGCCUCGUCCUGGACAUCAACAGCCUCGCAGAGGAGGCAAUCUGCGGGAGCCGUUUACCUACUUCCGAAGCACGCAUUAUGCAAACCGUGCCCACUGUCUUCACCACAGUCAAUCUGUGUCAAGAUGGGGACGAAGAAGACCUGACAGCAAACAAAGGAGGGAUGGAGAAGCUAAGUGGUCAGGAUUUACACCCUGAAAAUCUGCAACGGAAGGAACACAGAUUGCCCUUCCAGAUAUUCCCUGACCCAGUCGAGGUAGUGCUCGGCCCGGAGACUUCGUCUUUGAACAGCUUGGCUCAGAACCACCAGAGGGAGCGUCUACCUUCCAUUGUUGUGGAGCCCACUGAAGUGAGCGAGGUGGAGAGCGGCGAACUGCGCUGGCCCCCGGAAAACGUGGACACAGAUGAGGAUGAGGAUGAGGAGGACCUCUUCUUGGAGCAGUGUAUCCCCCCAGCUAACAUUGCUGAUUGGGGAGUGGAGGAAGAGGAGGACGAGGAGGCGACAGCAUCAGUUAUUCUGAGCCAGCAGCAAGGAUUGACACUCAUUGACCUACAAUCGGAUGCAUUUCAAGAUGACACCCCCACACUUCCGCCUAACUGUGUUUCGGCCCUCAACCGAACCCUCUGAAGACCCGACGACGAAAUAAUAAGUUGACACUGACACGGAAAGAUUAUGCAUGAGAGCUGAAAGACUCAACGGCAGUGCUCAGAGGAAAAUAUUUUCAAGUGCUGAUAAAUAGCCAGUGAAGCUCACAGAGAAACCAUAAAUGGGCAUGUUUGCUCACUUGGCAACGCACUGAUGAAGAUAAUCACAAAACCACACACUGCAAAAUGCAAACGUUCACUGAACAUUUCUGUGUGUGAGUGUGGUCCCCCCCAACCCCAACUUUUAGAACCUUUGUGUUAUGUUUCAGAUUUUGGAAGGUCCGUGAGUCAUCGUGCUCUAAGAGGAGGUGCUGACUUUGUAUAUUAUUUUGUCCAUUUUUCUCUGUUCUCCAAAGAUCCUUUAGCCGUCGUGAACUCUGUCAUCAAUGCUUUCCAAAGCAAUGGUGACUACAGUAGUCAUCAUUGUUUAUAUUUAUUUUUUAAGAACUCAUCAUUGCCAAAAAAAGGCAGCUCUGGUUUGUAGAGCAAUUCGGAUAAAACUGAGAGCUGUAGUCAUAUAUUGUCAUGGAAAUAUAUCCGUCGGUUUUGUGUCGAGGCUGACCUGUGGAUUUAAUGUACAUUUGUAUAAAUGAUCAAAAUAAACAUGCCCGUAAAGUA